AACCGCUGCGGUGAGAUCUUCGAGAAAAUCGUCAUGAAGAAACGUGCUGAGAAGAAGUCUGGUCGUUCUGGCGAUCGUGAUGCCAGCAAGGUGAUGAAGGAGGGCAAGAAGAAGCGAGGUGGUGAGCCAACCAUCGACAGGAGCCGAGCCGAGGCCUUGAUUCCACUCAUUAAGAACAAGCAGAAGCGGCGAGAGCUCCUUGGCAAGCUGUUCCGGGAGAAGCAGAAGGAGAAAGCGAAGUUUAGAAGAGCGAGGAAAGCCGCAGAGGCGCGGGGCGAGAAGGUCAGCACCGCCGAACACGCAAUGAAUAAGCCGACACACAUGCCAGUGUGCUGUUUUCAGGUCGAGAGGCAGAAACCGAGGACCAUAGAGGACAUGCGGGAGGCAGACGACACCAUUGGUAACACAAGGGAGAGGAUCAGAUGCUUAUGUGACAACACCGAUGUCUUGUUGUGUUGCAGUGACCAAGGAGGACGAGGAGGUCCAGGCGGAGGACGCUGCCGAUGAAUUCGCCUCUUACUUCGAUGGAUCGAGGCCGCCAAAGAUCAUGCUCACAACCAACAAGUGAGCUGCGGAGGGGGCGAGAGGGAUGACAAGCAGCGCAUGGAUGCUGAUGGUGUCUGGUGUGUGUCAGGCGGCCGUCUGCUGAGAUGUUUGAUUUCCUUAAGGAGCUGGUCGCCAUCAUACCGCGAUGCUUCUACCAUAAGGUGAGCCGGCAAGACAUCGAUGGGUGCGCACAUAGCCGCAUUAUCUGGUAUGCUUGGCCGUUUGCAGAGGGCGAAUCGCGAGAUCAAGAAGAUGGUCAAGUAUGCGUGUGACAAGAACUUCACGGACCUCAUCAUCGUCAACGAGAAGGCCAAGCGGCCCUUUUCACUCUACAUCUGCCACCUGCCAGGUGCCCCCCACGGACGCCACAUCACAUCUACUGGUGGCUAGUUACCAUUCCCUGCCGUCAUCUGCAUGCAGAGGGCCCGACCACCUUCUUUCGCCUGACGAGGCUGAAGCUUGCACAACACAUGAAGGUGAGGGAGUGAGCAGAGCGCACUGAAGGAAACGUGCACACACUAUCUGGAUCGAAUGUGCGGCAUUUGUCGUAUAUCGUCAGGGUGGUGCGACGUCGAGUGAUCACAAUCCUGAGAUCAUCCUCAACAACUUCGACUCACGAGUCGGACACAGGCUGGGUGAGUUAACCGCUCCACACACAUGGCCGCAUAGAUGAUUGCUCUGCCUGUGUUUGUGUGUGCAGGGCGUCAGUUCGCGGCGUUGUUUCCGCAGCGUCCUGAGUUUCUGGGCCGUCGUGUGAUCUGCUUCCACAACCAGAGGGACUUCGUUUUCUUCAGACACUACAGGCACGGUUGUCACAGGCAGACAUAUGUGAGUCAAUGGUAUGGUUGUUUCGUUCAGGUAUGAGUUCGACAAGAAUGGGGAGCGGACUCGGCUGCAGGAGAUCGGCCCACGAUUCACUCUCAAACUCAGAUGGAUGCAGGCAACCCACCACACCACACCAGACGACACGAGCACAGAAGCACCAAUGCUCUGUGUGUGUGUGUGUGUGUGUUAGGAGGGUACGUUCAACACGACAUCCGGCGAGUAUGAGUUCCUGUGGCGGCCGGACCUGCAAGUGUCGAGGAAGAAGUUCUUCAUGGGAUAGCGGGGUGGAUUGAUGAAGCAAUCACAGUCAAUCUGUGCAUGGGUGCUGUGUAUAGACAGACAGACAGACAAACAGACAUGCUGCAUGUCGACGUCGAUCAUGUGACUCACACUCUCUGCCCGUGCACGUGAUUGAUUGACUGAUAAUUGAUCGACUGACUCACU